CCCUGUUCUUACCAGUAAUACAGAGAAAACAAGGGAAAAUGGGAUAAAAGACCAAUAAUAUAAUUUAUUUCACCUUUUGCGAAAAAAAUAAUGGUAAUGCAAAUGCAAGUGUAACUCAAAAUGUAAAGCAAAGAUUUAUUUUGACGUCAUAAAAUAUGAAGAAGAGCAAAUCAGAAUCUCACACAUUUCAGAAAUGUAUGGUUCCGAUUAUUUCAAAGUUGUUAUUUUAGGAAUCUAACUUUCUUUAAGCUCAUACGUCUUCACAAAAUUAAUAAGCAUGAAAUUAAAUGUAAAAAAACGAGUCACAUUAAAAACCUAUGACGUCAGCACGCCCUUCUUUUUCCGUCAAAAGUUUUCAUUUUUGAAGGCGCCUUGAAAUAACCGCUUUGCCUGUCUGAGGGGGUGGUUUGGUGCCGAUUUUUUUAUUAUAUAUAUUAUAUAUUUUACUGUCGUCUUUCAUCACGCAGAGACAUGGGAAGAAGUGAUAGAGAGUCAUCAUCAGGCUCAGACUCAGCAUCAAUCAGUGAUAAUAGUGAUGCUUCAUCAAGCUCACAUAAAUCACUCUCAUUGAAGAGUAAAGAUAAGUACAAAAGAAAGCAGAGACAAAGCUCUGAAAGUUCCCAAAAUGAAUCUGAUACAGAACGCACAAGAAAAGAGCAGAAGAGGAAAAAACAAAAUAAAAGACACGAUUCAAGCUCCGAGGAUUCUUCUGCUGCAGGAGAAUACGAGAAGGAAAAUAAAAAGCGGCGAAAACGCAAUCGCAAGGGCGCAGAAAAGUCCCGAGUGAAGCGGGAGCGCCUGGAAUCGGAAUCAGCAGUUGAUGAUGAGAGGGGACGCCACGAGGCUGGACAUCAAAAGGACAGCGACCGCCCGUCCGACUCGCAGACGACGGACACCGAUUCGCGCCGCGACGUCGGACACCGGCGCAGGGCGUCGCCUCCGUCGGUGGACGAUAGCCACUCUCACCGAGACUCCAGUCGACGAGACGCACGUCGUCGAGACGACGACCAUCGUCGGAGGCAGCGUCCUAGUCCGUCUGGUGCCGUACGGGUGAAGCAAGAGCCCGUCUCUGAAGCCGAGGACGAUCGGAGACGCCCCGACCGCAGGGAGCGGCACGACGAUCGGAGACACCAUCGGCGCGACCGAGACGACACGCGGGACCGCAGUCACCACAGAGAUUCGGCGAGGGAUCGCGACCGGCACAGGGAGCGCGGCGGAGAGCCUGCGGCCGGCCGGCGGCCGCAGCAGCAGCCGGGAGGCCGACAGGGCCGGUGUCGCUGGGACGACGACCCGCCGGCCGACGGCGGCGGCGAGCGCUGGGGUCUGCAGCAGACCGCCGAGAAGCCGGCCGAACCCGCCGCCGAAAAGGAGCUCCCCAACUUCGGCCUCAGCGGUAAGCUGAUAGAGGACACCAACACCUGUAACGGCGUGGUGGUCAAGUACACCGAACCUCCCGAGGCCCGCAAGCCGCGCAAACACUGGCGGCUGUACGUGUUCAAAGGCGAGGAGACCAUGCCGACGCUGCAUAUACACCGUCAGAGCGCCUUCCUACUCGGCCGAGACCGUAAGGUGGCCGACAUUCCCAUCGACCACCCGUCGUGCAGCAAGCAGCACGCGGCGCUGCAGUACCGACUGACGACCGCCGAACGGUCGGACGGCACGACGGCGCGCGUCAUCCGACCCUACAUCAUCGACCUGGACUCGGCCAACGGCACGUACGUCAACAACAAACGCAUCGAUCCCAGGAGGUACGUGGAGAUCAUGGAACGCGAUGUGCUCAAAUUCGGCUUCAGCUCGCGAGAGUACGUGUUGCUGCACGAGUCCAGCCAAGCGGACAGCAGUGACGCCGAACAGUGACGCCGCCAUAGAGAGAGACCUGUCGCAGACGACUCAGCCGGGCGGUGCACAGCGCGGCGCUGGCGAAAGGGCUGCGUCCUGGCCGUCCAAUUGUUUUCUAAGCAGCGUCAGUGUGAGUUUCACCGCAUUGAAAACGAAAUCGAAAUGUCAGAUGAUUUAUUUACUGCGGAACGUGACAAUACACUGGACCAUAAUGUAA